AAAGCGUCUAAUAAGAUGAAGUAUACCCUAAUAGUGCUAGCUCUACUGGCACCCCUGACUGCUGCCGCCAGUUUGGGGAACCUAGAACUACAGCCAGAACCCAAUGCCUUUGUACAGUCCCUUAGGGAACUGCGCAGGGCUCCUCCAUUGGAGACAUCGCGAAAGAGAGCCAAUGUGGAAACACGUUGGUUCACCCUUAAGCUGGAUAACUUCAAUGCCGCCAACAAUGCCACAUGGAAAGAUCGCGUGCUGAUCAACGAGGAUCACUUUACGGAUGGAUCCCCCAUCUUCAUUUACUUGGGCGGCGAAUGGGAGAUCGAGCCGAGUGCCAUUACAUCUGGCCUGUGGGUGGACAUUGCCAAGGAGCACAAUGGCUCACUGAUCUACACAGAACAUCGUUUCUUUGGCAAGAGUUUUCCCAUAACUCCUCUAUCUACCAAAAACCUGAAAUACCAGAGCGUACAACAGGCCCUGGCGGAUGUGGUGCAUAUCAUUAAGACCCUGAAGCUGGAGGAUAAGUACAAGGACUCCAAAGUGAUCGUCUCUGGCUGCUCCUACUCGGCCACUAUGGCCACAUGGAUCAGGAAGCUCUAUCCCGACAUUAUUCUGGGUAGCUGGGCCUCAUCGGCCCCACUGGAGGCGAAAGUUGAUUUCAAGGACUACAUGGAGGUGGUUGGACAGGCUUUCGAGCAGCUGGGUGGAAAAUACUGCUACGAUCUGAUCGACAAUGCCACCUCGUACUAUCAGGAUCUGUUUGAGGGCGGCCAGGGCGCCAAGGCCAAGAAGGAGCUGAAUCUCUGUGCGAAUUUCAAUGUGAAUAGCAAACAGGACCGCUGGCAGAUUUUCAGCACCAUAGCCAAUGUAUUCGCAGGACUGGCACAGUACCAAAAACCUGGAAACUAUGAUCUGCCCAAGUACUGCUCGGUGCUGCGUUCCUUCAGCGACGAUGAUGCCGAAGCCUUGUCCAAAUUCGUGCAAUGGCGACUCGGUUACCCGACCUGCCUGAGUGUCACCUAUAAGGGCACCGUCAACUACUACAAAUGGGCCAAGAUAAACUAUGAAGACGACAGCGGUCUUCCCUGGAUAUAUCAGACUUGCAGCGAAUUUGGUUGGUACCAGUCAUCAGACAGCGAAAACCAGCCUUUUGGUUCCUCCUUCCCGGCCACCCUCUACACUGACACCUGCCACGAUGUUUUCAGCAAGAACUAUACCCUCAUCAAUAUCGAGGCUAACAUUGCAGCCACCAACAAGGACUUCCAGGGCAUCGAUAUCGCUGUGAAGAAUGUCUACUGGACCCAGGGGGGUCUGGAUCCAUGGAGCAAGGUGGGGGCAGGCAUCGCCCAAGGGGCCAUCAUUAUUCCGCAGGCCUCGCACUGCUCCGAUCUGGAUUCUAUAAGUGCCAACGAUAGCCCUGAACUUCAGGCCUCCAAGCUGAAGUUGGCACAGCUCGUUCGGGAUUGGUUGGCGCAGUAAAUCGAUCGAAACUGUAGAAUUUCUAUAUACCUAUAUCUAAAUCUUCAAAGUACUUUUUUCUAUUUCUAUUUACAAAUAUUUAAUCACCACAAUUGGUCUCAAUAAAGCGAAUCUUUAACCUUAA